CAGGACUUUGUAGAUAUAGAGAGGGUAUUCUAGAGUUCUCUGAGAGAGAGUAUCAGGUAGGCGCUCAAGAGUGAAGAGUGAAAAAUCUAUGGAGCAUCUCAAGAAGUUGUUGGGGUUGCUACUCGCGGUGUGCACCGUGCUUGUGAUUUCGCCGGAGGCGUCGGCCACCAGGUGGAUUGUCGGAGGCAACAUGGGUUGGAGCCCCAAUGUGAACUACACUAUUUGGGCUCGGGACAAACACUUCUACAAUGGCGACUGGCUCUUUUUUGUGUAUGAUAGGAACCAGCAGAGCGUACUGGAGGUGAACAAGACAAACUACGAGACAUGCAAUACUGAUCAUCCACUUCACAACUACACUACAGGAGCUGGACGAGACGUGGCUCCUCUGAAUGUAACUCGCGAUUACUACUUCGUGAGUGGAAAUGGAUUCUGCUUUGGAGGAAUGAAGGUUCACGUUCAUGUGGAAAACCCACCACCACCACCUGUAGUUUCUCCUAUAAAGGCUGCUUCCUCCACUCUCUCUUCUUCAGGUCACGUUCUUGUGUUGCCUGUAGCUUUUGCCAUUGGUGCAGCUUGGGAUGCGUUCCUUCAUUUCUGGUGAGAUCAUGACGAUGGUGAUUCUGAGCCCAUCUCUGAAAGAGAAAAGGACUUGAAAAAGGAAAAAAAAAAAGUAGUUUUGUUGUUUUUGCUGAUGUAAUCCUGCAUUGCGGGCUGAAAUUGGGGUGAGGUGAAGUACAUGUUUGGGUGGUGUUUGAUUUUGAAGAUGUAUUUGGUGAUCUAAUUUAUUUUGGUGUAUUGAUUGGGUUAAUUUAUUGGAGGAUUCAAUUGCGGGAAAAAUUGUUGUUUGGACUUUUAGGAACUUCGCCAUGUGAGUGUGUAUUAGUCCAUGUUCCAUUCAAAUCUUUAUUCUUCUUUGGGAAAAAAAUGCACAUAAUCUCAGCUGUACUUGCUUUGUUUUAAGUCCAGACCUAGACCCCAAGAAUUGAACCCAUUACUGGAACGUAUCCAAUCUGGACACUGCCUUCGAACUACAUGAAAUUCGAACCAUGAUCUUGGUC